AUUAUUCUAGUAACUUCGGUUACGACCGGUUGGUGGUGCCGCCCUCACUUUUAUGCGCGAAGUUUUUACAAUUUUUUUGUUAUUGUGACCCAAAUAAAAAAUGUCUAUUGUUAUAAAAGUUCCAGGGGACCACUUAUCGUCCGAUUUGGCUAUUCUGGAGCUCCAAGGCGACCUAAAAUCCCACAGUGACACCGGUUUUGAAGGAAAAUUCAUCGGCGAUUUGCAUUUUACGAAAUCGGGGACUCCUGUACUAAUAAUCGGACACCACCUCAUGUUCGGCAAAGAAAUGAAAAUGGAAAAACCAUUCGCUCUCUUAGAGAAACAAACAGGAGACCAAGGAACUGAAUAUAUGGUCAAGACAAUAAUCACCCGGAAAAUCAUAUUCAAAACACGACCCAAACCAAUCAUCAGUAAUUAAAUCAAUUAAUUUAUUGCCUUAAUGAUUUUUUAUAAAAAUUACAAUUAAUAAAGUUAAAUCAGACUA